AUGACCAGGCGGGCUGCUGCUCGGAAUCUUGGCGCUCGCUCUCGCGCUCUUCAUAACGGCGUUGCCCCCUUCUGGGCCGUCUUGUUCUUGCUGCUCGGAGCAUGCUGCGGCGAGCUGCUGAACGAGUGGAUGUGGCCGCCGCGCUUCGGUGCGGCCUCGGAGGUGCGGGCGAAGCGAGUCAGGGCCACGGCCCGAGCUUGCCGCUUCCUUUGGCGCGACUACGACCCGCGCUUCCUCUUCUGGGAGGUCGUCGAUCUGGGCCGCAAGCUCUUCCUCGCUUCGCUGGUGCUCUUCAUCCAGACAGACACCGGGUCGAGCAAGCUCCUCCGCCUCUUCGUCGCCUCUGUCGUCUCGGCCCUCUACCUCGCCGCCCUCGCCCUCGCCCGGCCCUUCGAGCGUGACGACGACCUCUACCUCGCGUGCACCGCCAACCUGUUGCUCGCCUACUGCUUCAUCUCCGGCAUGGUGAUUCAGCUGUGCGAGAGCGCCGCCUACGAGGACAUGUGCAAGGCCCUCGUCGGCUUCGAGAGUGCGCGCGGAGCGAGUGAGUUUGUCAUCGCGCUCACAGCCGCAAUGCUCGCCGCAUCACUGCUCGUCGUCCUCUUCAAGACUGUCAGCGCCGUCCGCGCACCCACCAUCCGCCUCGCCUCCUCCGGCCGACCCCCAGUCCUCGAGCUGUCCCCCGAGUGCCACUUCCACGGCUUCAUCUCGCACGCCUGGGGAACCGGCCAGGACCAGACGCACACCGUCGUGCGGCAGCUCCAGCUUCUUCUCCCCGGCGUCCGGAUUUGGCUCGACGUCGACAAUCUCGAGGACGUGGGCAGGCUCGAGGAGUCGGUGGCCGACGCGAUGACCUUUCUCGUCUUCCUCAGCGCGGGAUACUUCAAGAGCUUCAACUGUCGCCGCGAGCUGUACGCGGCGCUCGGCUCGAACCGGCCUUUCAUCCCGAUCCAGGAGGCUGACGUCGACAAGGGCGGCGCUUCGAUCGAGGCGCUGAAGGCAGAGUGCCGCGAGCACUGCAUCGAGACCGCUCCUGCUGCCUACCCCUCCUACAGCGGGCCAGACGAGAUGCUCGCACGCGUGUUUGAGGAGGCGGAGCCAAUCGUGUGGGUGCGGGUGAACGCCUUUCAGCUCGAGUCGCUCAAGGCCAUCGCGCUGCGCAUGCUGCUGCACUCUUCUUACUACGCGAGCCGCCCGGCCGAGCUUGCUGCAGGAGUGAUGGUCCCUCGCCAACCGGGGCCCUGUGCCUUCAGCGGCCCCGUCACCAUCCUCGUGUGCCGCAGCAACACGGGCGCGGACGGCAUAGCAAGGGAGCUCAAGACGGCGGCUGGGGAGGCGCACGGCUCUGCUGCUGCCGAUACUGAUGCGAUCGUGAUGAUCCGCGAUGCGGAGGAGGCGCUCGAGGGAGCCGACGCGGCCCCGCUCUCCGGCCACGUGGUGUUCCUGCUCUACCUGAACGAUAAGACCUUUCUGGACGCCGGCGGCGCCGUCGCGCGCCUCGUGCAAGCGGCGAUGGACCGGCGCAUUGCCAUCGCCCCGAUCCACGAGCAGGAGCCUGCGAGGGGCGGCGUUCCAUUCCGCAACUUUUUCCAGCAGACGCCGCAGGUGCUGCAGCAGCCGCCGUACAAGCUCUACGACACGGUGGCGGUGUCACUCUACCCGUCGGUGGAGCACCGCAGGGUGAGCUUACGGCUCGUGCUGCGCAGCAUGGGCGCGGUGCCGUGCGACGCGGGGCCGCUCUGGCGGCGUUGGCAGCUCCUUCGCCGCCGCAUGGCGGUGGCGCGCCUCGUGCAGCGGAGCCCCGCCGAGCCGCGCCAGGAGCCGUUAGUGCAGCCGUAG